AUGUCGUACCCCGAGCAAUUCACUGGCUUCCAGGCGCCCAGCGCCGAGGCGUGGAGCGACUUCCGGAAGCAGUCGUGGGCGCCGCGGCCGUUUGGCGAUGCCGACGUGGACAUUCAGGUCGAGUGCUGCGGCGUGUGCGCGAGCGACCUGCACAAGAUCGCCGGCGAAUGGGGUGCGUGCCCGUAUCCGCUGGCCGUUGGGCACGAGGUCGUCGGGCGCGUCAUUCGGGUCGGCCAAGGCGUGACGCUCGCUCAGGUUGGUCAGCGCGUCGGUGUCGGCGCCCAGGUCUACUCGUGCCUCAAGUGUCGUCAGUGCCGCAACGGCAACGAGACGUACUGCCGCGAGCAGGUCGACGCCUACGGCGCGGUGUAUCCGGGGACGGAUCACGUCACCCAGGGCGGGUACUCAUCGCACGUCCGCAUCCACGAGUAUUGGGUGUAUCCUAUCCCCGAUGGGCUCGACAGCGCGCAGGCCGCACCGCUGCUGUGCGCGGGCAUCACCGUCUUCUCGCCGUUGAAACGAUUCGGCGCCGGUCUGGGCAAGAAGGUCGGAAUCGUGGGCGUGGGCGGCCUCGGGCACUACGGCAUCAUCCUGGCCAAGGCGCUGGGCGCUGAGGUCUGGGCCAUCUCGCGGACGCGGGCCAAGGAGGCGGACGCGCGGGCCAUGGGCGCCGACGGGUUCCUGGCCACCUCGGAGGCUGGCUGGUCCGAGCCGCACGCCAUGACGUUCGACCUCAUCGUCAACACGGCGUCGUCGUCGGACGGCUUCGACCUCGGCCAGUACCUCAGCCUGCUCGACGUGCACGGCCGCUGGAACUCGGUCGGGCUGCCGGGCGGCGAGGGCUUCGCGGUGCGCAACCAGGACUUCAUCACAAACGGCUGCUCCAUCGGCACGUCGCACCUCGGCAGCCGCGCCGAGAUGCUGGAGAUGCUGGCGCUCGUCGCGGGCAAGAAGCUGCCGUCGUGGGUCGAGACCAUCCCUCUCUCCAAGGAGGGCCUGCAAGAGGCGUUUGACAAGCUGCAGACGAACAGGGCGCGCUAUCGCUCAUGCAUGGUGGAUUAUGAGAAGCAGUUUGGUGCAUAG